UAUAGCGGGGCUCUCUGUAAAUGCACAUGCGCAUCCAUUGCAUCGAUGAUUAUAAUGCGCCAGCAGGGCGUUUGUUUGAAAGGGAAAUUGUCUUUUUAGCCUGGUUUUGAAACCAUGGACCAAAAGAUCCCAUAUGAUGACUACCAACUCCCUGUGGUCUUUUUACCUUCUUAUGAGAGUCCCCCAGCAUGGAUAGCCCCUCAGGAGCGGAUCCACCAUCCUGACUACAACAAUGAGCUGACUCAGUUCCUGCCACGCACCAUUGUGUUGAAGAAACCUCCAGGGGCACAGCUAGGCUUCAACAUCCGUGGGGGAAAGGCCUCCCAGCUGGGCAUCUUCAUCUCCAAGGUGGUCCCAGAUUCGGACGCCCAUAGGGCAGGGCUCCAGGAGGGAGAUCAGGUGCUGUCUGUCAAUGAGGUGGACUUCCAGGACAUAGAGCACUCGAGGGCUGUAGAGAUUCUGAAGACUGCCAGGGAGAUUCUGAUGAGGGUGCGCUUCUUUCUCUACAACUACCAGAGACAGAAGGAGAGGACUGUGCAAUAGGUGACAGAAAAGUUCCACGGGAGAGUGAGAAACAGUAUGGUUACAUGCACACAAUAAUAUGAUUAUUGUGGAUAGUAAGGUUAAUAUAAUAGUUUGUUUAAAACGUUUACAUGCUUGGCAAGAAGAACGAUUUCCAUAAUAUUCCUGUUUACAUGGACACAUCUGAAAUCAGGCUACCUAAUGGGACUUUUGAGAAAUGCAGAAAAUCGGCAAUCAAAAUAAAACCUGCCACAGUGACCAUGUUAUUUUUGCGAAUACUAUUUGAUUUGGAGUUCGGAUAUAUAAAGUUUGUGUUUGUGAAAACUAUUUCUAAAAUGAAUACUUUCAGUUUUUCCGAACUCACUUCAUGCUCAGAAAACCAGGUGUUUUAUUAUUAUUAUAAUAAUUUGUUUAUAUAUACAGUACCAGUCAAGAGUUUGGACACACCUACUCAUUCCACGUUUUUUCUUUAUUUGUACUAUUUCUACAUUGUAGAAUAAUAGUAAAAUCAUCAAAACUAUGAAAUAACACAUAUGGAAUCAUGUAGUUACCAAAAAAGUGUUGAACAAAUCAAAAUAUAUUUUAUAUUUGGGAUUCUUCAAAGAUGCUGAUGACAUCUUUGCACACUCUUGGCAUUCUCUCAACCAGCUUCAUGAGGUAGUCACAUGGAAUGCAUUUCAAUUAACAGGUGUGCCUUUAACAGGUGUGCCGUUAAAAGUACAUUUGUGGAAUUUCUUUCCGUCUUAAUGCGUUUGAGCCAAUCAGUUGUGUUGUGACAAGGUAGGGGUGGUAUACAGAUGAUAGCCCUAUUUGGUAAAAGACCAUGUCCAUAUUAUGGCAAGAACAGCUCAAAUAAGCAAAGAGAAAUGACAGUCCAUCAUUACUUUAAGACAUGAAGAUCAGUCAAUUGAAAGUUUCUUCAAGUGCAGUCGCAAAAACCAUCAAGCGCUAUGAUGAAACUGGCUCUCAUGAAGACCGCAACAGGAAUGGAAGACCCAGAGUUACCUCUGCUGCAGAGGAUAAGUUGAUUAGCGUUACCAGCCUCAGAAAUUGCAGCCCAAAUAAAUGUAACAGACACAUCUCAACAUCAACUGCAGAGGAGACUGUGUGAAUCAGGCCUUCAGGGUCGAAUUGCUGCAAAGAAACCACUACUAAAGGACACCAAUAAGAAGAAGAGACUUGCUUGGGCCAAGAAACAUGGGCACGACAUUAGACCGGUAGAAAUUUGUCCUUUGGUCUGGAGUCCAAAUUGGAGAUUUUUGGUUCCAUCCGCUGUGUCUUUGUGAGACGCAGUGUGGGUGAAUGGAUGAUCUCUGCAUGUGUAUUUCCCACCGUUAAGCAUGGAGGUGUUAUGGUGUGGUGGUGCUUUGCUGGUGACACUGUCUGUGAUUUAUUUAGAAAUCAAGGCACACUUAACCAGCAUGUCUACCACAGCAUUCUGCAGCGAUACACCAUCCCAUCUGGUUUGGGCUUAGUAGGACUAUCAUUUGUUUUUCAACAGGACAAUGACCCAUCACACCUCUAGGUUGUGUAAGGGCUACUUGACUAAGAAGGAGAGUGAUGGAGUGCUGCAUCAGAUGACCUGACCUCCACAAUCACGUGACCUCAACCCAAUUGAGAUUGUUUGGGAUGAGUCGGACCGCAGAGUGAAGGAAAAGCAGCCAACAGGUACUCAGCAUAUGUGGGAACUCCUUCAAGACUGUUGGAAAAGCAUUCCAGGUGAAGCUGUUUGAGGGAAUGCUAAGUGUACAAAGCUGUCAUCAAGGCAAAGGGUGGCUAUUUGAAGAAUCUCAAAUAUGAAAUAUUUUUUAAUUUGUUUAACACUUUUUUGGCUACUACCUGAUUCCAUAUGUUAUUUCAUAGUUUUGAUGUCUUCACUAUUAUUCUACAAUGUAGAAAAUAGCAAAAAUAAAGAAAAACCCUUGAGUGAGUAGGGACAUAUUCUUAAGGGAAGUUCUCAUCACUGAAAAUGCCAUCAAGGGAUUGAGUGUACUGGACAAAAGCUUGCAUUCCUUGUGAUUUAUUUUUUAUUAACCAAUCUGCUUUCACUCACCUCUGACCAGAACAUUGUGAAUACGAAAUGCUAAACUGGUUACCCCUAUUGUGUGUGCAUGUAUAUAUGAGAACAGUGUAAUGAUAUUCAAAGAAUAUUUAUAAUGCACCAGGGUAUAAAAAUGUACGUCUGUACAUGUCAUACCAACUAAAUCCACUAGAGGACAUACAAGUUCAAGGAAUGAUUAUUGACCUGCAUAGUCAUGUUCUUUUAGCAAUAAGAGGGGGUUGAUUUGUGUGAUUUGAAAGGGGCUAUUGUGUAUUGCGGCACAUUACAUUAUGUACAAACAUCUGUUCGCUGUUGGUAUUUUAAACUGAGUUUUAUAUCCUUUUAA